AUGGCCAAUGAUCCCAAGACCUUAGACAUUCGUGAACCUCAAGUGAUUCGUCAUUAUCCACAGGAUGCUGGUGGUUUCUAUUGGCAUCAUAGGGUGUUACUUGAAAAGACUGGUCCCGGGCAAUGGAUAGCGUUGACUCCUGAUGGUGAUUUGGAGCGUAUCGAUCUUACAGUUGUUCCUCACAUCACUCUGGAUCGUAACAGCGAUUUCCCGGAUGCCCAGUCCCCGUAUGUAUACGCCUUUGAUGAAAUUCCUCGGGCCCAGCUUGACCAUCACAAACGCAGGGCCAAGACCAUGAGUAAUUUGUUCAAUGAUGCCACUGUGGAAGAGAUAGAGAGUUUCGAAUGGCUUGUUGCUGAUGUCACACGUGAUGAUUUUGGGGAAAGCUUCAGAGCCGAAGACAUGGUUGAUGCUGUGUACAUUCAUGAUUCAGCAUUGGUUGAGUAUGAGGGCGAAGUGGUCCAUGCAGUCCGUGUUCCCACUUCCAAGAGAUCGGAGUGGAUUCAGCAGAGAGAGAAAACCAAAGGUGACUCUCGGCUUUUGGGAGAUCACCGUGAUGCACAGGGUCGUAGGUAUCUUUCCUUUCAGGCUGCGCUCGAUCUCAUGACCUCGGUUGAGUUUUCCGAUUGGCCCAUCACCGGGCCCAGAGCAACAACUGAGUUUCUCCGUAGCAUCCGUGAGGGAACCUCUGACCUGGUGACAUAUCACUUGCAGUGGGCCCGCAACAGUGGAGUGUCCUCCUAUGCCGCAUGUCUUCACGAACACCGAUGUUUGUGUGAUUACCUUCGGCACUUGAUUACAGUUGACCAAGUCGAUGUGUCAAAUUUGUUGGGUGCCGAGAUGAUAUGCCGUCGUCUCAUCACAAUUGAGACUGCCGUUGCUAGGAAUCCCCAGAUGCCUGAUUUUAGUGGUUUGGAAUUGGUGAUGGAAGAUAGCAUUGGCCAGACAGGUGAGGCCAAAACCACCAACUUCACUGCUUGGAUCAGCUCAAAGCUGAAAGAAAAGGCACAGGUCCAGAAGCAGGCCAGGCUCUAUAAGGAGGAGUUUGGGAGAGGCCGUGGAUCGACCGGAAGUGGUGAUGCUGAACAGAAAGGUCGUGGCCGUGGUCGCGGGAAAGCCAAAGGAAAGUCGCCCUUUGCCUUGCUCUUCUUUGUCACUGCCCUUGUGGCAUAUUGGGUCGGGGGACUGGACUUGGGUUGCUUACAGAUGACUUUUGGCAUUCAGUGCAUGAGGCAUUUUGGCGAAACACUGGAACAGGAGAGGCGGCAUGGUUUUGUUUUUCCGAUUCCGGGUGGCGCCAUUGCGGAACAGCCCACGCUGGUACGUGAUUCCCUCUUUGGUUUGAACAAACUGGCAGGUGUAAAAUUCAAUGAUGCAAGUCAGCUAUUUCAUCGUCCCUUGACUGCUGUUCAGAGUGUGGCUGUUGACAAUGCAGGUGCAGCGGUCGCCGAAGCAGGGGAAUGUCCUAGUUUGUGUGGGCGUGAUGCCUUAAAGGACAUGAGGAAAUCCCACCCCACAUAUGGGGAGCCCAGCACUCUCGCACCUUUUGAAGCGGCGAAGCUGAAGAUUCUUUUUUCUUUAGGUCGGCCGAAACCCAUCGAGACGCUGUUGCCUCCACAUGUGAUUCCACUUCUCAACAGGUGGAAAACUCACAUUGAGCUUUCAGCCGAAGAGGUUCGAUCUAAGUUGGAUGCAUCGCCUGAGUGUUGCCCUAAGAGACCUUAUUGGGAUCCUAUUCUGCAGAAGUCCAGAGAUGUCCGAACCAAGUUGAUUGUUGACCUGUGGAAGGUUGGAGUUGUGACGUUUCGAACAUCUAUCAAAUCAUCCAUCGGCUUGUUUUUUGUGAAGAAGAAAACGCCAGAGUGGAUUCGCAUGGUAGUUGACUGUCGGAUUAGCAAUGUGCAUCAUAGACAGCCACCGGUCACCCGACUCGGCAGUCCUUCGUGUUUCGGCGAUCUUGAGAUGAGUCCCGAAGUGUUGAAGGCCAGACUUGGCCGCGACUGCAAUCAAGUUGGAUGGGGGGCCGAGUUGGAUGUAGCCGACUGCUUCUAUCAGUUUGAGAUGAAACAGCUUGCCAAGUGGUUCGGCAUUGAUGAUCCCCGCAAAACUGCAGAUUGGGCAAAGGCAGGUGUUGACAUCACUGAAGUUUACGAUGAAGACCUGGAGACCAUGGUUCUGCUAAACGAUGAUACAGUGGUAUACCCUGUGAUUGGUGCAAUGCCCAUGGGAUGGACGUGGGCUCUCUUCUUUGCUAACGAAACGGUCGCCGCGAUAGCCCGUGCGACUGCACCUGAGCGACCACUGGAGUGCCGUGAGAAGCUGCCAACGCCACAACUUUGGGAAGGUGAGACCAUUACCUCCACCUAUGUUGAUAAUGUCGCAGUUUUCGGUGCCCACAAGGUUGAUGUGAUCGCUCGCAUGGAUUCCCUCACCAAAGCAUUUGCAAACCAUGACAUACCAGUUGUUAAGAUCCAGGAAGUGGCUCGUGUCCGUGAGAAAUGGAGGUUCAUCCCAAUGCCUGAUGACUUCAAAUCUGCCAUUGAGUUUUUUAACAGGCGUGAGGAUGUUGAGGUCCCGGCAUUGGUGGAACCAAUUCCUUCUGAUAUGGUGAGCGAAGGUUCAUACAAGUUGCUUUGGAUGCGCAAAUGGCGGAAUCCCGAUGAACACAUCAAUAUCAAGGAAGGUCCCUUCGUGCAGCUGGGCCCCAAUGAAGUAUUGCUCUUGGAGCUCACUACGCCCGGCACCCCGAACUGGACCCAAACUCCACAGCGGCUGGAUGGGCUGCUGCGAAUGGCUGGUGGUGGCUUUGCCAUGGCCAUGGCCCGGCCCCGUCGUUUGGGUUCGGACGGUGGAUGGCGAGGUGUUUGGAUGACACCCGAUAGCCAGCUCUACAGCUGCAACCGUUCAGUGACGCGGGGGCACCUGUUGAUGGAGGACUUUCAGAGAUAUCUUGAUGGACAGGUUUCCUGGCCAUUCCUGGGCAAACAAGCCUAUGGGCGUGCCUUGCCUGGCGAGGUGCCGCAGGUGGACUUGAGCCAAUCAGAGGCCUUCAUUAUCCUGUCUCAGCGCGGGGCCUCCGAGUUUGGAUCUGUCGGCGCUCUACGUGGCGCUGAGGGCCUUGGCUUGGAAGAUGCGGAGCCGGGCGCGCGCCGUGCGGGCCCAGGGAUGUGGCGGAGGUAUGGUCGUCGCCGAUUGAAGGCGUCGGUGUGGAUCGACGCCAUGGCCUCCAGCGGCGCCUUCGAGAUGCGAGUGCCGACGGCGAAACUGAAGCGCUCCUCCUGCCCAGUGGUGCCGCACACGUUCCAGUCCGCUCUGACAGAGGAUGACUUCGGCCUCAGUUUCAAGAGCCGCCUCCAUCCCACGCAGAGCAUGGAUGAGGUGCAGGCACAGAUCGACUACAUGUGGGUGCAGCGUUUGGAGUUUCCAGUCUUGGAACCUUGGAGAUCAACCGUUCUUGUUGGUUUCGUCUUGAAGGAGACAGAGUUGGCAGAACAGACGACAUGGGCGAUCUUGCCGGGCAUCACCUUCGCACAGGGCGAGAACGAGCAGCACAUCAGGCUUGACUUCUUCGACGGACAGAGGCUGGCCUGGACGGUAGACCAUCUCCAACUGUUGGGCCUUCGUGGGGAAUCUUCAGGGAGUGAGAAGGCCUCAUGGGAAGUGAGAAAACCCUUCAGAGGUUGA